AGUUUGGCCGUUGGCUCCAAGCUUAUCCCGCUUUUGGAUGCUUUCCAUGCCAUAGCUGUGUCAAGUGAGCAUGGUGGGUCGAUUACCAAGCUUUGUGUGAAGUGUGCCUUCUUUGGAAUCACUUUAGCGAUCUUAACUGUCCUUCCCAAAAGUGUCAUGUGCUUCUAGAUGGAAAAGCGGAACGGUGCGGAUCGUGAAGAUGAUCGUGAUCGUCCAAAAGACCGUGAUGAUUCGAAGAGCUUUUGGAACGGGUCGGUGAGUGACAAACGAAAGAUGGAACGCACAGUCGACCGCACGCGGGGCACACGCUCGCUUUUCAAACCUGGACUGGCUAUUGCUUAUAUCUAUGCCAGUGUAGUAUCAGUCGUGUGGCAAUUGUGGCCGAAACAUGCGAGCGUGGAAGAUGAAACUGACUCAAUCAUAGGACGGGCAACCGAGCACGAGGAGACAAAGGAGAAAGGCCUUGGAGCUGCAUUUGAACUGGAAAUCAAAAGCGAAAGUCACACAGCCCGUGGCACAGCGCGUGGCACAGCCCGUGGCUACCUUCCAUCUUUGACAGCUCAAAUAGCUUCUGAUGCUGCAGCCCGCACCCAAUCGAUGAUAGCUGAUGUGACACCGCAUGGGAGUUUAGCCUUGGAGUCAUUCGACAACGUUGGGCGAGCCUUUGAGACCUUCGGAGAUCAUUUACAUGUGUCUUGGGGAUGGAUGUAUCAGGGUACAACUGGGCUAGUUGGAGAUCAGCGCAAGCAAGAGACGACCAAGGGCUUUAUGCCAAAGUCGCUGAAAGUCCUUGGCUCCAGCCUGGGAUGGCAAAGUAUUUUUGAAAUGUCCUUUGCCACAGGAGAGAAAGUAAACUCAAUUGACUGUUCUUUGCUCCGCAGUGGCAGACUCCCCAAAGAGGCCAAAGCACAAAAGUGGACUUUGAUUUCGGGCGAAGCUGUUGAGCUGCAGUGCCCGAAAGGAUUAUUUGUGCAGUGGACAGGAACCCUAUUGCGGCUUGCUGCUGGAGGAGAAGCACUGCGAGUUCGGGUUUUUUAUACAAUCGAGAACGCCAAUACAGCCACACAGCAUGCAAGCAUGACAAACAUGCCUGUGGGUCUAACCAUCUGGGAUUUUGGCACUUCAUUGGCAUGUUCUUCUGGAACUUCGGGAGAUUGCUUUGGAAGCAGUGGAGAAGUUGACGGCAGUCCUUUAAUAGAUCCCGGACGAGGGCUAUGGAUUGGCAUGGAACACCCACGCGCAGUGCAUGGUCUUCGUAGCAAUGGAACACGGGUGGUCGCGGAGUUGUUUUAUCCUUCCCCAGGAGUUUCAUACUAUGGAUCGAUUGGGGUCACUGGAGUGCCGCCUGCGCAGCCUGAGGACGCCCUGAUGCUUUUGCGACGGCACUUUCAUGCUUACUUGGACGAAGUCCGUGUGUCAACUGUGAAGCCCUUUUUACACUAUGCAACCUGGUAUGACUUGAGGCGACACCCAUGCAUCGAUUCUACACCCCUGGGACUGACACACUGCUCAGCAGCAAAAACCCUGAAUGAGCAGCAGGUAUAUCAGCGAAUCGAAGAGAUUUGCAGCCAACUUUUUGAUAGAGGCAUAGAAUUGAUGGGCGCUUUGCUUGACGAUGGAUGGGACGAUGCAGGCAUGCCUUGGCAGGUGGACCGCGCAAACUUUCCAUCAGGAUUUGCUGGUGUGUCUGAAGCAGCCAAAAAGAAAGGUGUGUCUUUGGGUGUUUGGAUGUCACCAGUCGGAGGUUUCGGGGAAGGUGGUCACAGGAGGGUGAAGACGGGGGCUGCCAUGGGAUUCGAGUUUCAUGGUGAACCGACUUCACCUGGCACAGCAAGCACCCUGCGCCUCUCCGGGCCUCAAUACUCCGAUUGGUUCUUCAACGCGUCUUUGAACUUGCUGAACAGCGGCGUCAGCUUUUUUAAGUUUGACGGUCUUGGCACAAAGUCAACUGGAGCAGAUUUUGCUGAGGAUGUUGACAGGCUGAUUCUUUUGGUCAAUGAACUGAGAAGAUCUCGCUCAAUUAAGGUUUCAGCAUUCACUGGUGUUUGGCCAUCUCCAUGGUGGCUUUGCAGUGUGGACUUCCUUUGGCGAGGUGGACCUGAUUUGGGAAGGAAAGGCGCUGGGUCCCCUCGACAGCAAUGGAUUACUUUCAGAGACUCCAUGGUGCAUGAUUUGUUGAGGCGAGCAACCCUUUUCCCACUUUCCAGUCUGUCCACAGGUGGACUGGUAUGGAGCAGAGCUGAAGAACCUGGAGCUUACCUCAAUUCAUACAGUGUGGAAGACUUUGCACAAGAAGUGCAAAGCUUUUUCCUGAGCGGUGCCAUGCACCAAGAUUUGCAGAUUCAGCCGGCCCUACUUGCUCCAGCAUAUUGGGAUAUUCUCGCAUCUUACAUUAACAUAUCCAUGAAGUACUCAGAUCUUCUUCGGCAUUCCCAUUGGAUGGGUGGUGACCCUUCUCAGGGGGAGGUCUACGGCUACGGAGCUUACGCAUGCCCACCUUGCUUGGGAUUGAUGACGUGGAGAAAUCCAAUUUCUAGCAGACAGAACACCACCUUUUCCCUCCGGAGCGCAUUGUCCUUGCCACAGGCAUGGCCUGGUGGUUCUGCCGGUGGCCGGUGGCACGUCCGACUAAUUGCCGAGAGCGAGGUUAUCUCUGACCCGUCGCCAGACUUGGCCUGGGAAGCAGUGCUCCUGGAUCAGACUUUGCAUUUGCCGUUGGACUCUUUGCAGUUGCGGUCAUUCAAGGUCGAGCAGGCGCAUGUUUAGCACCAGCAUCUUGAAGGUAUUCGGUGUUCGCACGGCAUUGUGGAUUGGGAUAUGCGCUCUACACUUCCACUGCGCAUGAGCGUGAAGCACCAGUGCUUGGAGCUGCCAGAGCAGACCUGCAGCUGUUGAAGAGAGUGCAUCAUGACUCAACGUGACCGAAGCCUCUACCUGCAACCGAUUGACGAAACUGACUUGAAUGCGCUCCGACGCUAGACACAGUGACACUCGCUGGUGGAGGAGCAAA